CCUUGUAGCUCACCGUGCCAGGAGGCCUUGGCCUUCAGGAGUGCUACAGCAAGGGGUGUACAGCCCCUCCAGGAAAGCAGGCCUGUGAGUCCUCAGUGCUGUGAGGAGACAGGAGGGAGCACUAAUGGAGCCCGGCAGGGCAACCUUAGCUGGGAGAGAGCUCUAGGGGUGGAGCUAGGGAGACAAGGAGAGGGGGUCAGCCUGAGUGGCUCCACAAUCCUCACAGAGGUUUGAAGGUUCUGUAGAGCAGGAGGUGAGCCCGAGUCCGAAGCUAAGGGAAGAAGAACGAUCGCCAAUGGCAGAAGGUUGUUGCAGCAUAGCCACAGGAAGAACUUGCUUCGUGCUCAGGAGAAAACAGCACACUUCAGCCUCCUGCUUUUAGCAGAAUCCACCAUUCAUAGCGAUCAACCUACCUGUCCAUCAUGUCAACUGUGGAAACCAUAACUGAAGAAGCAGAAGGUCCUGCAUUAGAAACUAUCCAGCAAGACUUUUUGCAAGAAGCAAAAUCUCUUAUUGCCCAACAUUACAAGAGAAUAAAUGAGAAUAAGACUCAAGGUACGUCUAUAAAUGUUUUUAAAAAUAAACACCAAAACCCGAAAACUCGCAAAUUCAUACCUUUUGAGAUUAAGAGAAGUGAAAUCCUUAAUGUAGUUCAAGAGCAUCGCAAGGUCUUGAGAAACAUUAACUAUCCCAAGGAGACUUCCAAAUGCUCACCUUUAAAGGAUGACUCACAGCUGACAGCCUUCAUGGAGCCCUACGUUCCCAAUAUAAAAGAGAAGUACCAGCCUGUAGAUUUUUUCAGUAAAGAAAAAAUUAAACUGGGUAAAAUAAUGACUGACAUUGAAUCUGUGAGUAAGAAAAUGGAGAAAGAAAAGCAGCUGUACUUCAAGAAAUCCAGAAUGUUGGAACCCUUCCAUUCCUAUCUUGGCUUGCCUUUACAAAGUAUGACCUCCUCUGUGGGACUUCUGAGAGAACUUGACAGGACGCUUUAUGAUUGGAGGAGCAUCGAAAUGACAAGGUCUUCCCAUUGGCCUCAGGAGUCUGCUGAGAGCUUUUCUGGGUCAUCAGUGGUAUUUAAGGAUUACUAUUUGAAACCAAGUAAGAAGAAAGAACUACAACGUACCAAGCCAGACCAGAAGUCAGGAAAAAGCUUAAAGACUGUCACGAAGUCUGAUAAGUUGGACAGUAAAGUUAAAAGAAUUGGACCACACAUAGAAAUUUUCCAAGUGUUCCAGGGAGAAAACAAACUCGUGUUCACUAAAAGAAUUGUUAAACUGAUCACCAUUACACAAGCAUUUAUCAGGGGAUGGCUGGAGCGCAGAAGACUUCAAAGAAUAAAGACUAAGUCUUCAUAUCAUGGACCAAGUUUGAAAGCAGUAGUCAACAUGUAUCAGUGUUUAAUCCACCGUAUUAGACAUCGACUUGGUCUUUGGAGGACAAGACAGAUAAUAAACUUUGGAGAGUUAGAGGAAUGGAUGGACAGGAAAAAAUUCUAUGAAACCAUGUUUGCCAAGAGAGAAGACUGGCAAGGGUUAGAAAGAAGCGAACUGCUGAAGUACUUCAACGAUUGUGGUCAUUUUCCUACACAGAGCCAGAUCGACGAGUACUGGGACCUGUUCCACAGACACAGCCAAGGAAAAUACUCUGAUGUAAUCAAAAAGGCCAAUGCAAUUGAACUGUUAUUUACACUCUACCCUCCUCAAGGUGCCAAAGUGAACAUUAGCACAAGACUUCGGUCCACGUGGCUGAGACCCAUUGUGGAUGGAGAAGAAGGCUAUAAGUACAUAGUGAGUGGACAUCCAAUACUCAAGAGAGCUAACAUCCGGACUGCUGGCGAGUUGGUGGCUAGUUCCAUAAGGGAAAGGAAAAUGAGACAAUUUUAUAAAUUAUGAGAAGUGGGAUAAAGUUUUCAACACAACACUCCUCCUUUACCUAGUUGAACUGAUUGCCUAAGAAAUGCAUAUUAGUAGUGACCACAGAAUGAUUUGUUAUCAACAGGAUAAAAGACAAACAUCUUUGCAUAUGCAAAAGGGGAUUUUGACAAGUUAGUUCAUCAUGAUAAGAGUGUUUGGAUAAGCAGGCAUGCUUUGUCUUCUUCAUUAAACAUCUACUAUUCAAAUGAAGUGAGGCUGUACAGUGUCACUGCUUUCAUUAGACAGAAAUUGUUUUGCUACACUGUCAAUAAUUGUUACAUACUUUAAAAUUCUUAUUUCAAAAAUUCCUAGUU